CAUCAACGUUUAGAUGAGAAGAAGUGACCAAGUGUGCGUCACUUCCGGUAGAUUUAUUUUUAGUACUGUUUCCGGAAGAAGCGUUCAUUGGAUUUUCCUAAGACAUGGAAGUUCUUGGUCUGGUAAAUAUCUCUUCAUGGAUAAUCUCAAUUCUUCUGUUCAUUCUUACACUCUAUUUAUAUACAUUAUGGAAACAUACUUUAUGGAGAAGGCUAGGAGUUCCAGGACCAACACCAUUCCCUUUCCUUGGUAGCAUUAAAGACUUGGCAGUAAAGGGAAUGUCCAAAACUGACCAAGACUUAGUUCCAAAGUAUGGCAGUGUAGUUGGAGUAUAUAACGGAACUAUUCCUGUACUAUUAGUUACAGAUACAGAUCUGAUUAAAGAAAUAUUUAUCAAAGAGUAUCAAACAUUUACUAAUCGUGUGGUAAUUUUAAAGACGGAUGAUUUGUUGAACAGUAUGAUAACAGCAGCAGAAGAUGACCACUGGAAGUUUAUUAGAAGUACUAUGACACCAACGUUUACAUCGGGAAAAUUAAAGACUAUGCUUCCAAUGAUACUGCGAUGCUGUGAUGAUCUCGUAAAUAAUAUCAAUGGUAAAAUGGAACAAAAUGAAAGUGUAGAAAUGACAGAAGUCUUUGGUGGUUUUACAUUGGAUGUUAUUGCAAGCACUGCCUUUGGUCUUCAAGUAAACUCUCAAAAAGAACCAGACAACGACUUUGUUACGAAUGCAAAGAAAGCACUCCCAGCCGAAGUUGUAAAACCAUAUUUCCUGAUAGUUAUGAUUUUUCCAUUCUUGAAAAAUCUGAUGGGAACCCUGUUCAAGGCUCCAGUGUUCGGGGAGGGUUCUGAGGAGUUUUUCAGAAAUAUAGUACAGCAGUUAGUAGCAGAAAGAAAGUCAAAUACCAAUAAUAAUUUCAAAGAUUUUAUUCAAUUGAUGUUGAACUCUCAUAAAGAAAAAGAAAUAAAGACAGAAAAUGGGAAGAUUGAUGAGUUGGGAGGACUUGACUUUGCUGAGUACAAAAACAGAGGAAUGAAUGAAAAUGAAAUAUUGGCGAAUUCUAUGGUAUUCUUUGGAGCUGGGUACGAUACAACAAUGAACACCCUAUCGUUUGCCGCCUAUCUGUUGGCCUUACAUCCAGACAUGCAAGAAAGACUAUUUACUGAAAUCGAUAAUGAACUGGAAAAGAGACCUCCUACCUAUGAUUCCCUUCCCAACAUGCAGUAUCUAGAGAUGUUCCUAAAUGAGGUUCUUCGUCUGUAUGCAGCUGUACCAAGGAUUAACAGACGCGCCAAAAAUGAUAUCACAGUCAAUGGUAUGUUUAUACCAAAGGACACCGAUGUAACAAUACCAAUAUCUGCACUGCACAGGAAUCCCAAAUACUGGCCUGAACCAGAAAAAUUUGAUCCAGAAAGGUUUACAGAUGAGAAUAAGGCUACAAGACCUAUGUACAGUUUCCUUCCUUUUGGCCUUGGGCCACGUGUUUGCAUUGGUAUGAGACUUGCUUUGAUUGAAACCAAGUAUGCUCUCAUUUCAACGGUGCAGAAUUUUAAGUUUGUAGUCUGUUCCAAAACAGAGAUACCAAUGCCUCUUCAAAAAGGUUUCAUUACCAGACCACUAAAUGGAGUCCAUCUGAAAAUUGAAAAGAGAUGAUUCAAUGUUUUCAUUGGAGCUUGACACACAUUGUUUAAAUAUUUUUACAUUUCAAAAUGUGUUACUUUAUUUUUUCUUAGCAUAGCCAAUUUAUUAAACAUUAGUGACAAUUGAAAAAUAUACGGUCCAUUUUCUUGAUAAAAACAUAGAAUGUUGGUGUAUAUAUGUGACACAUGUUAUGUAGUUUUCUCGUGUCAGUUUACUUUUGACUUUUUUAAUGAAAUGGAAAUAUAACUUAUACACUUUUA